AUUUAUCUAUCCAGUAUGCACUUGAACUUAUCAAUGAUUUAGUAUCUUUAAUUGAGAUAUAUACGCUACGCAUCCUUAUACCGUCGUGGUCAUCAUACCAUUACCGUGGGAUGCGUAAGCGUCACAGUGCUGUGACGCAGCAUUGCGACGCUAAACCGUCAGUUUUUGGUAAGCAGUGAGCAUAGGAACACCCAGCAUUAGGAGUUUGACGAUGAAGUUUCUCUGCAUCCUGAUUCUAUCCGUCCUGAUUACACAGAGUGUUGGAAGAAGACAACAACAAGGGACCUGUGGUCUAACAUGCUUCAGAUGGAGAAAAUGCAAAGCAGUUCUCAACACUCUCACAUCUACUGACGGGGAUGCAAGGCCAGGUCAGCGAGGAACUACGGGUCAACUCAUCUUUGAUAAAUGCGAGGAUCCUCCAGCUAAAUGCAGUUGCGAGGAAGAACCAAAACCAAAAGAACCAACGAAACCCCGGAUGCCGAAGUCGAUGCUAGAUUAUGUGGAUGAAUCGGCGGUAGACUGGUUUACUAACCUAGUUCAUAUUGAUCAGUAAUUUCAUAUAUUUGUUGAAAUAAAUUCUAUAAAUUAUUGAA